UAAAAUGAGAGAGUGAGAGCUGACUGUCAACUGAAACAAGAUUCAUACACUCUAUCGGCAAACUGAGAUGAUGGGAAGUUAUAUAUAAUAUCCAAGCAAUGAUGAUAAGCAGUCGCUUGUUCAAUUCAGCGCCCUUUUCGAUCAUCUCCGUCAGUAACAAGAAAAAAUUCAGGUCCUCGCACUAUCCGACAGCCACCGCAAUUCAUUCGAUCAAAUCGGAGGUUUCAAUGGAUUCUACGCCCAAAACCAACGACACCUCUUUCGAGUUUCUCUGCAAGAAGCCUUACACGCCGCCUUCGUGGGCAGCCAACCUCAAUCCAAUUCCUUCCCACGUUUUCUCCCUCGGCCAGUUUCCGACUCCAAUUCACAAGUGGAACCUCCCUAAUUUGCCCAAGGGAACCGAGGUUUAUCUCAAGCGUGAUGAUCUUUCAGGAAUGCAAUUGAGUGGUAACAAAGUCAGGAAACUUGAAUUCUUGAUGGCGGAGGCGGUGGCGCAAGGUGCUGAUUGCAUUAUAACUAUUGGAGGGAUACAAAGCAAUCACUGCCGAGCCACUGCUGUGGCUGCCAAGUAUUUGAAUCUCGACUGCUAUCUUAUUCUACGCACGUCUAAGGCUCUAGUAGACCAAGAUCCCGGGUUGACUGGAAAUCUCUUAGUCGAACGUUUGGUUGGAGCACAUGUAGAUCUUAUAUCAAAAGAAGAAUAUGCUAGCAUUGGGGCUGUAGCUCUCACCAACAUACUGAAAGAAAAGCUGUUGAGUGAAGGCAGAAAGCCGUAUGUCAUUCCCGUGGGUGGAUCCAACUCCUUGGGGACUUGGGGCUAUGUCGAAGCAGUUAGAGAGAUCCAACAACAGCUUGGAAAAGGGAGCGGUGGAAUAACAUUUGACGACAUAAUUGUGGCAUGUGGAAGCGGAGGCACAAUUGCUGGCUUAUCAGUCGGGACUUGGUUGAGUGGCUUGGCUGCUAAAGUCCAUGCCUAUUGUGUAUGUGAUGAUCCCGACUAUUUCUAUGACUACGUUCAAGGCCUAAUCGAUGGGCUCCAGGCCGGUGUUAGCUCGCGUGACAUUGUCAACAUUCAAAAUGCCAAAGGACUUGGUUAUGCCAUGAAUACAUCAGAAGAGCUAAAUUUUGUGCGAGAAAUUGCUAAAGCCACCGGUAUUGUUCUUGACCCCGUCUACAGCGGAAAAGCUGCAUACGGGAUGAUGAGAGACAUGGCUGAGAAUCCCAGGAAGUGGGAAGGAAGAAAGGUCCUCUUUGUACACACUGGAGGCUUCUUGGGACUGUACGAGAAAACCGAGCAGAUAACGCCACUGGUCGGAAACUGGCGCAGAAUGGAUGUCCAUGCGUCCAUCCCUCGCAAGGAAGGCACGGGCAAGAUGUUCUAGAAACUUCUUUGGCCUAAGUGAACAUGUUCAAUUUCAAGAAUGGGGGAGUCAUGAUUCUUAUUUGUAACCUCUUUUGCUGCAAUAUAACUUAGUUCUCUUGCAUAUGUUGUGGUGACAAUGACAUCAUAGUGAUGUGUGUGUGAAUGUUGUGAAGAAUUCAUUUAAAGCCUUUUGAAACAUAAAUAAACUUUAGUGUCACCUAA